UUGGAUUGAAAGCACAUCACACUAACAUAACACAGAACGGAACAUAGCCAACAAUAUUAUUAUUAUCCGAUCCAAGAGAGUUGAUCGAUCCUCAAAAUAAUAUAACAAUAUCUAAACUAGCGCAGUUAAACAAAACUUAAAUACCACGACGACGGCAGAUUCUUCUCGUCAUUUUGUGAAUUUAUUUUCAAUUUAUUUGUCACGGUCACGCGCCCACCGUACUACGUCGCUUUUGAAGCAAUCCCAUGAAGCGCUCGGUAUGAGUCCGGUCCAUGAGCCUGCCCUGAAGCAGCUGGGAGGCAGUCCCAUCCGUCGAAAGAGGAAGUUAGUAUCCUCCGGAGGUCAAAAAUGGUUCAAAGGUUCGCCUCGAAAGAAGGAGAGACCUUCUUCCACCCCUGGCGGUGGGCAUCAGCUCAAGCAAAAUGUGGGUGGAGGUGGAAACAACAGUUUGGAAUUGAUGAGUCCUACAAACGCGAAUCCUACCUUGCCACCCAUGCUCGUCCAGUUUAUUCUUCACGGCGGUGCAGAACUGCGACUGUCGGUUUAUGAUCAGAUUCCUGUCACUUCGAAACCGGAUGAGGAUGUUGACCUAUCUAGCAAAAAGAAGAAAAAGUGUAAGGAAGAAGGACAAGACCAACAAAUCUCAGACCUACCCGCUAUCGUCCAGCAGUCUGAUGAACAUCGUUCCCUCCCGCAACCCAAUUACCAUCUCCUAGAAGAAUACACGCUGAAUGAAGCGCCACCCCUCCCGAAUGCCUACAUCAGAUGGAUGGAUGAUGUCGAAUUGGGCGAAGAGGUAGAAUAUCACGUCGACGAGGAGGACUCUGCCUGGUUGGAUCUCAUUAAUAGUGGUCGUGACGGUGUGGGGAUCACUCUCGAGGUGAUGGAACUCCUCAUGGAUCGAUUAGAGAAGGAAAGUUAUCUUCAAAUGCAAAGUUCCGGGUUGGACCAACGACCCGUGAUUGAUGACGACGCGGUUUGUUGCAUCUGCAUGGAUGGAGAGUGUCAAAAUUCGAAUGCUAUCCUCUUCUGCGACAUGUGCAACCUUGCCGUGCACCAAGAGUGUUAUGGGGUUCCGUACAUCCCUGAGGGACAGUGGUUGUGUCGCAGAUGUCUUCAGUCACCGUCACGAGAGGUGGAGUGCGUGCUAUGUCCCAAUAAAGGAGGUGCUUUCAAGCAAACGGACGACGGUCGCUGGGCGCACGUUGUUUGUGCCAUUUGGAUUCCGGAGGUGUGCUUCGCAAAUACGGUCUUUCUUGAACCAGUGGACUCAGUGAAUAACAUCCCUCCAGCAAGGUGGAGACUUUGUUGUUUCAUUUGCAAAUAUAAGGGCAGAGGGGCUUGUAUUCAGUGUCACAAGUCCAACUGUUACAUAGCAUUCCAUGUCACUUGCGCCCAACAUGCGGGACUUUGUAUGCGCAUGGACACGGUCCGUAUCGGGUCAACGGUCACCGUUCGAAAGACGGCAUACUGCGAUAAUCACGCCCCUCCAGAUUUUAUUCGACAGACUCGUGAGGGCGAUUCUUCCCCAACAGUACGACAAAAGCUGAAGGCGUGUCGGAAAAUGUUAGCUGAGAAAAGAAGUGCUAAACCCACCUUGUCUAUUCCUACCAUUCCCCCAGAACGUGUGACAGAAAUCUCAUCUUCCGUUUCGUUUGCUCGGAAAAACGUUUUUAUCAAAAGAUUACUCUCAUACUGGAAAUUGAAACGUAUUCAAAGAAACGGUGUCCCACUACUCAGACGACUUCAAGCCGCUUCCAACCAUCCCCCCAGUUCGGGUCAUCAUAGAGCCCAACUAAUUCACGAUCCCAGUAUUGGAGCACCAAGUCAGAGUGAUCAUGCAUGGAAGUUCCUAAUGCGACUCAGACAGGACUUGGAACGUGCCCGCCUUCUUUGUGAACUGAUUCGAAAACGAGAGAAACAAAAAAGGGAAUUAGUCGCACUAAGAACGGAAGAAUGGUCGUUUAAGACGGUGCCCUUUGUUCAGUUACUUCUGUCCGUGUUGAACGAGAUAGGGGGUCGAGAUCCGCAAAACAUUUUUGCUGAACCCGUUGACGCUGAAGCCGUUCCUGAUUACCAUACUGUGAUCCACUCACCCAUGGACCUGAGCACAAUGAGGCAAAGGGCACAACAACUACAUUAUGAUUCUCUGAACGAGAUGAAGAAAGAUUUUCAACUUAUGAUUAAUAAUUGUCUUUUGUACAACAGCAAGGAAACGAUAUUUCAUCGUACCGGUCUCCGACUUCAAGAAUCUGGUAGUAUGAUUUUCCGUGAGGCUGAAAAAGUACAAGAUCAAAUUGGAUACGAUCCUGAUUCUGGUCUUCACUUGGAUAAAGCACCCACUCUCAGCAUUUCAAGUAAUUCUGCCACUCCUGCUUCGACAACUCGACGGAGUGACGACCACAUUUUCGAAGAGAUGGAUGCUUUCCUGAAAGACGAGGACCGGCUUCAACUUCCACACGACGUUCAUGUAGCCAAACUUCAAGAUAUUGCGGAUAAAGUGGUCACUGUUCAACAUACUGGUGCUAGAAAAAAACGAUACGAACGGUUAUACAGAGAAAUUCAAAGGGUUCGUCGAUUAGAAAAUCCAUCUCCUAAAUCUCCUCGUUCUCCAAAAAGAGAACUUCAUCCAUCAAGUCCAAUAAGUCGACAGUCCGUUUCCCCUACCCCGACUUUAAGAAAGCUCAGGAGGAAGUCAGUAAUUGACCAAACUGACGAGCACGAAAAUAAGGAUGACGAUGGAGACGAAGCCAUCAAAGAAAGGCCACCAAAGCGUCGUGUAGUUCAACAAAUGGAAGCAAAAUCUACAGCAAGUGUUACGCAAACACGAAGAAUGUCCCGAACGUUAGAUAGUUCUCCAGCAACUCAUCCAGCCGUCGUCGCAGCAACGCCCACCAGGAAUCAUCACGCUCCCUGUGCUGCUCCGGCUACUCCAGUUCCUGCUACUCCACUCCGUCGAACGACUCGUCUUAGCGUGGAUGGGGAGCAGCAGCAAAGGGUCACUCGUACCCAGCUAGGAACACCUACUUCCACUACUAAUACCACACCCACCAAAGCAUCACCCUUGGUCAACGGGAUAAUGCGAAACGGAACAAGAAACAACACCCACAAUAAUAAUAAUAACAAUAAAAAGAUUAAGAGUGCGAAAAAGUCAAGAGAAGUCGACGCUCAUCCCGUUUUGGCUGCUGCCCUGAUGCAGCAGCAGCCACGACUACCAGUCCCAGUGGACUCUUUUUCUGUAUACAGAGAAGAAAAGCGAGAUUCGUCAGAUGGAGAAGAACAAGAUGAAAAAGAAGACGAACAAGAAGAUGAAGAUGACCAAACGGAUGACGAUUCGUCUUCAGAAGGGGAUGACUCAUCCUCGGAAGACGAAGUGUCGGAUGAGUCUUCCGACGCUGCAGCAACAAAUCACCACCAUAUGCAUAGGGUUUUGACUCGAGGUGGUGGAAAAACGAAUAGUACUGACGUUUCAUCAAACCGUGCCAGUAGAACAAGUCGCCGUCGCCGUCGUCGUGACUCUUCUUCAUCUUCUUCCUCUGCAUCGUCUUCCCACUCUUCUCGUUCUUCCUCCAGCGAUGGCCAAGUUACAGAAGAGACACAGAAAGUUCCCUUACUAAUCCCGGAGCAUAUGCAAUUAGUGUGGGCUUACGCCCAUGAAGCCUGGUCCCCCGCUCUGAUUGUAAAUCCGGAAAAUGUGGGUUUAUCUCCAUCCCCAGACAAGAAUGGAGUUACCAUCCCUGUCCCACCCGUGGAUGUACUAAAUCGAAGACCACCCGCUGGUCGGAAACGGGCAGGGAAAGAGUUUCACUUGGUCCUCUUUUUUGAUAAGAGCAGUACCUGGGAGUGGGUGACCCGCAGAGAGCUGGAACCUCUUGGAGUAACCCCCGCCUUAGAUAGACGUCACUUACUAGAAAGUCAAAAUCCUAAAAAACAAAGACGUGCCUUCGACAAAGCAAUUCUGCAUAAGGCGAGUGUAAAGACAGGACAAGCAUCCAAUACAAUACAACCACCACCGCUAGACUUGGACUGACGACGUCAAGUUUACAAAGGAGGGAGACCUAUUUAACCAAGAGUAUUUAGUCCAUUAAACAAAACAAUACAAAGUAUUAUCACAGUCACCUUGUAUGUACUAUACAUAAUUCGAUCUACUCGAAUCGAUAAACUAAUAUUCAGUUUAUUUUCUCUAUUUGUAAUUCGUCCUUGGUCAGAAACAAACAACAAUGUCCUACGUCAGGUCACGUCUACACUAAUAUCAAUUCGGUUUGUUAUCCUUCCUCAGAUAAUGAUACUUAGAAACCGGAGGAAAAAGCAGCAGGAAUAACAUUAUAGAAUUAACAGUUUUGAUGAUGAUAUUAACUAAAUCGUUUUUCUCUCAGUUUUUAUACAUUUUUCAAAUGCUAGUUUGGUUAGUUAAGUUUAGCAGCCUUGAGUUGGCUAGGCUGAGAAUUCACUCCCAACUUAAAAAUUUGGUUAACUACCAACAGAGGCGUAUCUACGAAAGGGUGGAUGUGUACCGGGGCCACAUAAAUUAAAUCAGUAUUUAUUUGUAAUUAUUUUACAAUGAAAAUAAAACUGAUCACGUAUUUAUUUAAAAUGAUUGAUAAGAUGAUACUGAUGUGAAUAAUUAUGAGUCAAGAAACUCAAAACCAUUUAAGACACAGUUGAGGGUAAAGUACAGGACAAAAGUCAUUCCAGAAACGCCUCGCCGCCCUUUUUUGCAUAUCAAGAAAAUAACCAUGGAAAUCUUGGUAGUACGAAACCCCCCUGAUCAAUUCAUUGCAUUAAAUGUUUCGUUUUGAAUUACAAAAUUGGAGUAUUGUCGGCUUACAAACUUUUGGUUUUGUACGUUAAUCUAAAUUUUGACUUCCGACUUCUAUUCACUUUAGAUUCAAUUAAAAUUUUUGCUUUCUAUCGUAUUUCCAGAAAGUAGUGUCGAUUGUUUUUACUAAAAUAUGUCAAAUGGGUGAAAUCGCGUCAAGAUGGAAAAAAUUGUGCUACUAUUUAUAAUGAGUACAUUGGCAACUGUACUUUAGAUUAUUCCAUGGGCCGGACAUUUUCAAGAAACGCCACUACGCUAUAUCAUGUAUGUACCCCGUCCGGACUUAAAUAUAUUAAGUUUUUUACUAAUUUACUAAUUAAGAAUUUAAUUAACCAACACGUUGUUAUCGUUUUUGGCUUAAGUUUUCUGACUCGUAUAAAAAGUUAACGUAUAAAAGAGAAGACAAAAUUUGGAAUUGGAUAACGAAUGAUGUAUCCGACCAAUAAUGCCGCCUUUUCAUACCGUUUUUUAAUAAAUUUAACAUACACAUUGUGUUAUCUGAUACUUGUUGAAAA